CAAUGCCCCGAAAAAAGAUCGAGCAGCAAUUACUCGCUGCUGAUGAGCCUGUGCAGCCAAGGCGAUGAUCAGACGAUCACGUACGUCGGCACCUGGAAGUACUUCAAGGCGCUGCUGGUCGAUGUGGCUCAGCCCUGCGACGAGAUGCUUUUGUACUGCAGUUUUGGAUCGCGUCGCGAGAUGUGCUCGAUGAUCUUCAAGUCGUCGCUGACCGAUGAUGGAUUGUGUUGCACGUUCAAUGCGCUGGAUCCGAGUUUUCUGUUUCGCAACUAUUCGGACGAUGUGCGCAUGGAACCGUUGCAGGAGAGUUCACUGUACGAGGCCAUCGAUUGGACGCCAGAGCGUGGUUACGCGGACAAAUUGCCCGAAUUCUAUUAUCCUCGGACCUCGGGGGGAACGGGAAGUCGCAUGGGUUUAACUGUGGUGUUGAAUGCCUCGACAGCGGAAUAUUAUUGCACCAAAUCGAUGAGCAACGGGUUCAAGGUCCUCGUACACAAUCCCGCCGAGUUGCCCAAGGUGAGCAAUUAUGGAUUCAUUGUGACAUCGGGGAGGGAGGCACGCAUUGUCAUUGAUCCCGUUUAUGAGGACGCAACGCCUAGCAUUCGAUCAAUUAAGAAAUCGGUGCGUCGUUGUCUCUUCUCGGAUGAGAACGAUUUGACCUAUUAUCGCACGUAUUCGCGUAAAAACUGCGAACUCGAGUGUGAGGCCAAAUUGCUGUUGCGCGAUUGUAGCUGUGUUCUUUACUAUUUGCCUCGCAUCGAUCCGGCGGCUCGAGUUUGCGGACCCAACGAUAACAACUGCACGAAUCGCGUCCAGACCGAGAUCGAGUCUUCGAACACGGAAUUGUCAUGCGAGAGUUGUUGGCCCGGCUGUUUUGAGCUCACCUAUCGCACCACGAUGUCCACGUCGAUGAUUGUCACGGGUCCAAGCUAUCAGAGUGGCGAGGAUCUGCCCGAGGAUCUCUUCAGCACUAGCAACGGUUCUGUUAACAACGAUCUGUCCGUUCUGCACUUCUACUAUCUGACCAACAACUUGCGGAGCACCACCAAAUCCGAGAUGUUUGGCUUCACCGAGUUUCUUUCCAACACUGGUGGCUUGUUGGGUCUCUUUAUGGGCUUCAGCAUCUUUUCGGUGAUAGAGAUCGUCUACUACAUAACAGUGCGUCCGUAUUGUGCAUCGCGAACGAUCCAACAGCGACGCCAGCGUCGAGAGGCAGCGCUGCGUUGGCUGACGCCUGUGCAACGGGGACGGCGACGUCUGUUGUUGCCACAGCGGCAGCAGCCGCCGCCGCCUUACAGCCAGUUGCAGUUGGUGGCGAGGCCAAAGGUCAAGUCAAGUCUGUGGCAGACACUGCGCAGCUCUCGCGAUCCGCUCGUCUAUCCCUAUCUGGAUUAG